CUUGGUUUGUAUCAAAACGUCCAAGACCUCGAAAAAUACUCGGGUAUGAAUUUUAUAACCCGGUGGUAAUAGAAAAUCUGUAGAAUUUUUUUGAAACCGGUAUCAAUAGCGGAGCAACGCCGUGAAAAUAUUCAGUAGUUAUUUUUAUUGCUCGCGAGCCAGUGCUUUUUUUCGAAAUAAAUAACCAAACGAGGGGGUGUUGUGUUUCAUUUUUAUUGUUGUAUUUUAGCGUUGUUAUUUAUAUUCGUAGUUCAUCAGCUCUUCGGCGGUUAUCAGUAAAGUGACCGGUGAUAGUGUUUAGCAAUUUUUUUAUUUUUUUUGUGAACUUUUUUUUCGAAUAUUUUUUACUUAAAGGUGGAAACGAAAGUGAUUUGAUAUUUGUUUUCUGAUUUGUGUUUGAACUUUGUAGGCGAAUCGAGAGUGGACAUCUGACACGAUGAAAUUCGAACAUCAGACUUGCGAAGAAGAAUAUGCUCGAGAUCCCAAACUGGACAAAGAAGAUAUCCAGCAAUUGAUGCAAUGGAUCGAGAAACAACCUCAUAUGCCUCGAGUUUCAGAGUACCACGUAAUGCAAUAUUACCACUGCUCCGACUACAGUCAGCAAAAAGCCAAAGAUCUCCUAGACUUACACUAUGCAUACCGUAACGAAGCUUUGGAAUUAUUCCACGGACCCGGCUACGAGGCUCCUAAAUACCCUCACAAUAUUUGGGACAUCGUAUACAUAAUCGAGCUUCCUAAACCAUCCCCCGAAGGAUACAGAUUGAUUUACUGCGGUUUAAAGGAUACUACCCCUUCUAAAUAUAAUUUCGACCUGAGUCUGCACACUUUUAUCAAAGCUAUGAUGACCGUCGUAAUGGAACAAGGGCAUUGCCCCGGUUACGCGUUCAUAUUCGACAUACACGGUAUCGUAAUCAGUCAUUUGGCCACAGUUAGCAUUUCUUCGGUACGAAAAUUUUUAUAUUUUGUCCAGGAAGCUGUACCAGUUAAAGUAAAAGCUGUCCAUGUAGUGAAUAUUUCGCCCAUAAUUGACCGACUCAUGAUGUUAGCUAAACCUUUCCUCAAGAAAGAACUAUACGAAAUGAUCCACAUACAGUCCGAUAUGAACGUAUUUUACCAAAGUGUGCCCAAAGAUCUUGUACCAUCCGAUAUAGGAGGAACUUUACCUUCGAGAAUUGAACUUCAAGCAAUAUUCAAAGCUAAAUUAGAUGCUAUGGAGAGUUGCGUAGACGAAGAGCUCAGACUUCGUACGGAUGAGAAGAAAAGAGCAAAUAAACCCAAUGCCAAGCUGAUGCAUAAUUCGAUGCAAGGAUCGUUUAAAAAAUUAGCUAUCGAUUGAUCUAUAUUCGAACGGAGUAAGUCGAUAAAAAAAAAUUCGUAAGUUUUGUACAGUUAAAGGUAAUAUUAACGAGGAAGCUUAUUUCCAAGUAAUAAAAUUUUCUGAGUACUAAAA